AUGACUUACGAAGGCGGGCCGAUAAGUAUAUGCAAAUGGAAGAAUUGGCUGAGUAUCGCAAUCAAGCCCGAACCAUCGGGCAAGCCAGAGAAGCAAGCAGAACAACCAUACAGGGGGCGAGGCAAGGAGAUAACUCUUCGCGACCGCCCUAUACGGGGUCCGAAGUACACUCACUACACUCCACUCAAUACAAGACGAGCCGCGGUACUCGAGCAAGCUUUGACUUCAGAAGUGCUGGCAGUCCCGAAGAGAGCAUCCACUCCACCACGUGCGGACACUAGUAAAUCUUGUUGGUAUCACCGCAAUCGUGAGCAUUCUACCGAGGAGUGUGCGGCCCUCAAAGACAAAAUUGAAGAUUUGAUUAAACAAGGCAAAUUGCAUAAUUUUGUGGAUCGGUCAGGCUCAUCCCAAACUCGUUCCUCAUAUCAACCUCGGUACCAGGAUCGGCAUAGACAGGACCGUUCUGAUAGAUCCCGACGCGAACGAAGCAGAUCGCGGGACAGGAAAGAUGACUCGACACCUUCGCGUAGGAGGAUCAUUAAUACAAUCGCAGGUGGAUUUGCGGGCGGAGGCUCAACUUCUUCAGCCCAAAAAAGGCACCUACGAGCCAUCCGGUCAGUUAAUGCCGUUGAUAGACAACCUUCUCGGCGAUUGCCAACAAUAACUUUCAUUGAUGCUGAUUUUCAAGGCAUUGAUCCGGUGCAAGACGAUCCAAUGGUGAUCAGUGUAGAAAUUCACAAUUGCAUCGUCAAGAAAACACUGAUCGACCAAGGCAAUUCAGCAGAUAUCUUGUAUUGGAAUACCUUCAAGCAGUUGGGUAUAUCCGAAAAAGAGUUAAUUCCUUAUGAUGACCCGUUGGUUGGUUUUGCAGGAGAGAGAGUAAGCACCAAAGGAUAUAUUAAACUUUUCACUCGCUUUUAUUUUGACGAACAGGAAAGUAGGGAAAUUCAAGUAAAAUAUAUCGUGGUCGAUGCUAACACCUCUUAUAACAUCCUCCUCGGUCGACCGUCAUUGAACGCACUAGGGGCAAUUGUCUCAACACCGCACCUAGCGAUGAAGUUUCCAUCUGACAAGGGGAAGAUCAUCACUAUACACGCCGAUCAGAAGGCCGCCCGAGAAUGCUACUUUGCUAGUUUGCGAGUUACGCCCAUGGAAGAAAGAAAGUCAAAGUCCAAGAGGGUGCAUGUUGUUGACUCUUCGGCAUUGGUUGAAGAGUCAGUUUGGGAUCUUGACCCGCGAAUGAAUGACGAAGAGCGUGUAGAGCCAGUUGAACCAAAAAUACAGCUACAAAUCAGGUUACACCCAGCUCAAGUUACAUAUAUUGGUGCUGAUAUAUCUAAAAAAGAUCGUUCCAUCCUGUGCCGGGUAAUAGUGAAAAAUAAAGACCUUUUUGCAUAG